AUGUGGAACAGGAACGAUUUGAUGGGACAUAUCCGAGGACACCCCAACCUCACAACCAAGCAGAAGGCUUGCAUUGCCGGGAUGUCUCAUGGGCAAGUUGCUAGGGUCGUGGGCUCCGGAAAAACAACAGUCUCUGUGAUUGUUUCACAGGCUCAGACUCUUGGGACUGUCAAAACCGCUGAGAAGAGCGGCCGGCCUUGA